ACGGUGUCGUUUCUUCGUUGUGUAAAUCAAAAUUAUAGACUGGCGCUUUCAAAAUUUUCAGAUCAAAUUUCACCGCCAAAACAUAAUUAUCGCGAUUACUUCUCUCUGAAAAACGGAGAAGGCACGCAGCACUCGCAGAUGGAGAAAGGCCUGAUCUCGGUGGAUCGAUGGUCGCAGGGGAGUCAGGCGUACUUGCUUACACACCUGCACUCGGACCACACGAGUGGAUUGACCUCGGCGUGGUCCAGGGGUCCGCUCUUCUGCUCCCGAAUAACUGCCAAACUCUUCCCCUUCAAGUUCCCCGAUUUCGAUCUAUCGUUGCUCCGUGUCCUCGAAGAUGGAUCCUGGUACUCCGUUCCCCUGGUCUCUCCUUCGUCUGGAUCUGAAACGGUUGUGCAAGUUAUGGCCAUUGAUGCUCAUCACUGCCCUGGUGCAGUUAUGUUCCUGUUCCGUGGAAAUUUUGGUUGCCUGCUUUAUACUGGUGAUUUCCGCUGGGAAGCAGAUAGUGAGAGAGCGAAGAAAGGAAGGACCAUUCUCCGUGAUGCCCUCAAGAAUGAUGUAAUUGACAUCCUUUAUUUGGAUAACACCUACUGUAAUCCAUCAUAUGUUUUUCCAUCUCGAGAAGUAGCUGCUCAGCAGGUUGUUGACAUAAUUGCUUCACAUCCAGAACAUGACAUCAUCAUUGGGAUUGACUCUCUGGGGAAGGAAGAUCUAUUAAUCCACAUUUCGCGCAAGCUGAAAACAAAGAUUUGGGUGUGGCCAGAACGCUUGCAGACCAUGCAUCUUCUUGGAUUCCAUGACAUUUUUACGACCAAAACAACUCUUACUAGAAUACGAGCUGUUCCUCGUUAUAGUUUUAAUAUCGACACUCUGGAGAGCUUGAAUGCGAUGCGUCCAACUAUUGGAAUCAUGCCAUCUGGUCUUCCGUGGGUGAAACCAACAAAAGGAAAUGCUAAUCUUUUCGGUUCUCUUUUAACAUCUCAUUACAGAAGAAGCAGAUCAAGUUCAAAUGGUGGGAAAGCUGAUGAGAUGACUGGGAAUUUAAGAUCCAUAGAUAGAUUCCACCAGUACAUAUAUUCAGUUCCAUAUUCUGAUCACUCAAGCUUUACAGAGAUACAGGAGUUUAUAGAACUUGCAAAGCCAAUCAACAUGAAGGGCAUUGUCUCUGCAUCAGCUUGCUAUGUUGAACCUCUUUACUAUUUCGGUCGCCUAUGUGGAGUAAGGCAAACAUCACAAACGUUAUAUGUUAAACAUGAGAAGGAAGAGGAAGGCAAGAGAGUUGCAACUAACGAAAGCAAAUAUUGUUUUAGAGAUUUUAAUCCUAAUGCCGAAAAGAGGAAAAGAAAAAAUACCGCAUUGGGAGUUUAUCUGAGCAGGGUGAGUGCGUUGAGACGGAAACGAUGUGGAGCAAAGAUUGUGGAAAGUGAAAGUUCUAUUUGAUUACUUUUCAAGGUUGGCGAUCACCUAGGUAAGGCGUGAAUCGAAUAAAAGAGAACCAAAACGAGCCAAGAUAAGAAGAUUUGACUGCUAGAGCCAAAUUCCGAUUGAUUAGAGUGGGAUCCCGAUCAAUCGGGUUAUGUUGAUCUAGCUCAGUUUGAACUCCAGUGAAGAACUCCGAUUGAUCAUAUAUUAAGCUCGAUCGAUUGGACCAACCUAGUUCGUGAUUUUGUGUUUCGAAACUUCACGGAAAUGCCCCCAAACUCAAGUGGGUCAAGUUCAAAACAACACCAAUUUGUUAGAAAAAUGGCACAAAGGUUUUAGUGGUAUACAAGGGUAGAAAUUAGGUUUUUACUUCAUUCCUGAAGGCUAGGGUUUUGGAGUACUUGUUGGAGGUAGCAUAUGAGCUUGGAGAAGAAAGGGAUUCAUGGGUUUUUCUGUCUCUCUUAUUCUUGUAUCCAUGAUUGUUAUUAUGGAUUUUGAUAUGUAUUUGAAUGCCAUGAGGAACUAAUCCUCUAACUAAGGUCCUAAUGGAAUCCCAUCUUUGAUGAUUCUAUAAACUUGGUAUGUGAUUAUGGAUUUCUUGUUCUUUGUUGAUUAUCUAUGGCUGUGUUUAAUGUU